CCCCACUAUCAUCUCAGCGGCGGGGAGCCAGGGUCAUGACGUUUGCCAGUAGCUCAUGCACCAUCGAGACGGACUUUGCGGCGCUAUGCUUCUUAUUUCCAAGGCAAUCGACCCAGACUCGUUUCCAUCUCUGCCUCUCCUCCCUCUUCUUCUGAUCCGGUACACUUAACCCCAUCUCACCUGCAGACCGAGAACUACCGCAAAUAUGGCAGUUGAGAGCAAGUUUGACCCAAAGGACAUGGAGUUCCGCCACCUUGGACCUACCGGUUUGAAGGUCUCGGUUCUCUCUCUGGGCGGCUGGUUGACUUAUGGCGGCACCCAAAAGGGCAACGUGGUCAAGGACUGCAUGGAGGCAGCAUGGAACGCUGGCAUUAACUUCUUCGAUACUGCCGAGAUCUACUCCAACGGCCAAUGUGAGGUGGAGAUGGGCAACGCUCUGAAGGAGCUUGCCUGGCCAAGAGACGAAUAUGUUCUGAGCACAAAGGUCUUCUUCGGAACCGGUCGCAAGGAGCCAAACACCCGCGGACUGUCGAGAAAGCACGUUGUCGAGGGGCUGAAGAGCUCGCUUGCCCGUCUGCAACAGCCGUACGUCGACAUUGUGCUGGCCCAUCGCCCAGAUGUCGGCACUCCGAUGAAGGAGAUUGUUGAGGGCUUCACCCAAGUCAUCCGCAACCUCAACCUUGCCUACUACUGGGGCACAUCCGAGUGGUCUGCCGUGCAAAUCAUGGAGGCCACUCAGAUCGCCGAAAAGUACAACCUCAUUGCACCAAUCGCCGAGCAGCCACAGUACAAUGCCUUCCACCGACAGCGAUUCGAGGUGGAGUACGAUCCACUGUACCAGCAGUUCCAGUAUGGUACCACAAUCUGGUCGCCGCUUGCUUCAGGUCUGCUUACUGGCAAGUACAACGACGGCAUUCCAGAGGAUUCGAGAUUCGCCACGAACAAGGCAUUCUUCGAGGGCACCAUCAAGAGCUUGCAGAGCGAAGAGGGCAAGGCUAAGAUCGCCAAAGUCCGCAAGCUCACUGAAAUUGCAGAGAAGCUUGGUGGCAACGUUGCUCAGCUCUCGCUUGCCUGGUGUGUCAAGAACCCGAAUGUCUCGACAGUCAUCUUGGGUGCGACCAAGGUUGCCCAGAUCGAGGACAACAUUGGUGCGCUGAAGCUGCUGCCCAAGCUGACACCGGAGGUCCUGGAGGAGAUUGAGAAGAUCUUGGACAACAAGCCUGCUAAGCCAAGCGCGUUCGGUCGUGAGAGGUGAGCGUGUGGGUGACUGUCACUUCAACAAGACCACAGCUCAUGGUGCACUCUUUAGAGCGAGCAGGUCACAAAAGCGACAAGGAAAGCUGUAGUACAUUUACGACGAAACGUGCCCAUGCGCAGCCGCGAUCCUGAUGUUCCUAUCCGGCUUUCCGUAGAUCGAACUGACUUGGACUGCUCCUCUGGCAGUCCGCAGCCUGCUCGCCUCCGAGGCACCUACUCGUGAGUUUGCACCUCACCAAGGGGUCCGCCACGGUCUCGCCGACUUUAGCAUCUCGGCACUCGAGUCAAGAGAAACGGCAAGACAUACCACCACGCCAAGCCGUAAUUAUUGCUGUCUCGAGUCAACCGCGAACCGAAACAUAUCGGUCACGGUCGCGGUGAGACAGGGUGAUGUAUUGUGACUCGCAGCUGUCCAACUUCGCGAUGACUUCUUCUCGGCUCUUCUUUGAUCUGUUGUCGGCCUGGUCAAACUUACGUUCACACGUGGCGCACCCAACGAUCUCAGCCAGGGUCUCGAGCACGUCCUGUCUCGGUCAAACCAAGAUGUUGGUAUACUUUCGACCUAAAAUCCAAAACAACGACACAAAUCCCGAAAGCAUACCACAGCCCCCCGGUGCUUCGGACGAAAAUAUCUCUCAAUAGCUUGAGAUGGAGUACCGAUCUCGUGGUCGUACCGUGAGACAAUACUAUCGACACCGC